AUGCCACCCAAACAUGCACCGAAAGUGUUUCAGGUGGAGCCGAUUCGGGUUAAAAAAGAAAAGAAGAAUAUCACUAACGGCAUCGAAGUCCGUCAUAUAGCUUUCAUCAAGAUUCACAAGGCCGCCAGUUCCACUGUCCAGAAUUUAUUCCUACGCUACGGAUAUGAAAAGGAUCUCGUGUUUGCGCUUCCAAAAAGUGGAUCGACUGUCAGCAUUCGUUCUUCAUUAACACCAAAUAAUGUCCUUCCACCACCGAAAAAUAGGACCUAUGACAUUUUCUGUUCGCACGCAAGAUUCAACAGAGAGGCUUUUGGUAAAGUUCUUCCUAACGAUACUACAUAUAUAGGAAUAGUUCGAGAACCUUUUCAACAUUUCCAAUCCAAUUUGCAGUUUUAUCGUCAAAAGUAUGUGGUUAACAUAUCAGGGAGGAAACCAGUUUUGGAAUACCUUUUACAUAAUGACAAGUAUAUGCAAAGUGGAGGUCAUAUCCCGUCAACAUAUAACAGGAUGGCGUACGACUUCGGCUUUCCAGAUGAACUAUUCUGGACGAACGAUCAGAAUGAGAUUCAGAAGUAUUUACUUAAACUAGAUAGGGACGUUUCUUUGGUGAUUGUGACGGACUUGUUUGACGAAUCAAUCAUUUUAUUGAGACGACUCUUAAACUGGGAUCUCCGUCAUGUUUUAUACGGUAAGCUUAAUAGCAAACGAAGGUCUGAUCCUCGACUACAACUGGGACAAGUGGAGGAAGAGCUAUAUAAAAACUGGGCACGUAUUGAUUACAUUAUUUAUAACUAUUUUUUGGAAAAACUUAGGGAAAAGAUACAACGACAGUUGCCAGAUUUCCAUGAGGAGGUGGCCUACUUUAAGGGAAUCAGAGUGAUGUAUGACAGAUUCUGUUUAUCGGCAAUAACCGAUCAUAACGGCAAACAUGAUAUUUCAUUUCCAAGCAGCGCAUGGAACAAGCCAUUCGUGGUCACAAGAGAACAAUGUAAGCUUUUACAUAUUAAAGGAAUUGCGUUUGUGGAUAAACUAAGGGCCAAACAACGACUAAUGUCAAAGUAA